CUUUAAAUCUUAUAUGAUCUAUUAACUUUGAAACUGAUUUAUGAGGUUCUUGACUCCAUCUCUCUCAUAGCAUUUAAAGAGAAAAAGUUGUAUAUACUUGGGUGUAUGUGUACAUGAGAACAAGACCAACCAGAAUUGGCCACAGAAGUGAAAGUUGAAGGUGCAAAUACUGUUGUUUACUGAAGCCUUUGUCUCCGAUGGCACUCCACACCAAACUCUUUCUCUCCCUUUUUCUUCUCUCUUCAUGUCUUGCCACCCUCAUCACCUCCUCUCAAGGUGAUUACAGGUUUUGGCAACAACAGUUCCCUUUCAUCCGACGAGCGAGCUCCUUCUCCUCCGUAUCAUCGUCAAAGUCAACGCGAUCCAACGGCGGAGAAAAGAAGUUUGACUACAUCGUAGUGGGAGGUGGCACCGCAGGGUGUCCAUUGGCAGCUACACUGUCUAGAAACUACAGUGUGUUAUUACUAGAAAGGGGUGGUGUCCCUUUUGCCAACAUAAAUGUGUCUCUGUUGUCAAAUUUCCAUCUUACCCUUGUGGACACCUCACCUGCUUCUGCUUCUCAGUUUUUUGUAUCCACCGAUGGAGUUUUUAAUGCGAGGGCUAGAGUGUUGGGUGGUGGUACUUCCAUCAAUGCAGGAUUUUACACUCGAGCAAGCACAAGUUAUGUUAAAAGGGUAGGAUGGGAUGCAAAGUUGGUAAACGAAUCAUACCCAUGGGUCGAAAAACAAAUAGUCCAUGAACCCGUAUUCGAACCAUGGCAAAGAGCGGUUCGAGACGGGCUUCUAGAAGUCGGAAUUUCACCCAACAAUGGAUUCACCUACGACCACUUGUACGGUACAAAAAUCGGCGGGACAAUUUUCGAUAAAUAUGGCCGCCGGCACACCGCCGCAGAGCUUCUAGCCUCCGGAAAUUCACAGAACCUCCAUGUUUUGAUUCAUGCCCGAGUUCAAAAGGUCCUUUUUGACACAACUGGGAAAAAACCGAGGGCAAUUGGGGUAAUUUUCAAAGACGAAAAUGGUGUUAACCAUGAAGCUUUCAUAUCGAGGAGGCGAAAGAGCGAGAUUAUUGUAACUUGUGGGGCAAUUGGUAGUCCGCAGAUGUUAUUGCUUAGUGGAAUAGGACCGAAGGAAGAUCUCAAGAAGUUGAACAUUUCGGUGGUGCAAGAUAACAAAUUUGUCGGGAAACACAUUUCCGAUAACCCGUUGAACACCAUUUUUGUCCCGUUGAAUAGGCCUGUCAAGCAGUCGCUGAUUGAAACGGUUGGGAUCACGAAAAUGGGUGUUUACAUUGAAGCAAGCAGCGGGUAUAGUCAGUCUCCCGAUAGCAUUCACUGCCACCAUGGCGUCGCCUCCGCCGAGAUCGGGCAACUUUCAACGAUUCCUCCAAAAAGACGAACACAAGAAGCCAUUGAAGCUUUCAAACAAAACAAAAAAGAUCUCCCACACGAAGCAUUUCACGGGGGUUUCAUUUUAGCAAAACUUGCAUACCCAAAGUCGAAAGGGCAUUUGAGGUUGAACAACACAAAUCCGGAUGACAAUCCAAUCGUUACAUUUAACUACUUUAGCCACCCAAAAGACCUCCAAAAGUGCAUGAAAGGGAUCAAGAUCGUGGAAAAACUCGUGAGGCACCAAUCCGCAAGCUACUGUUAUGAUGUUGGGCAGGUACAUGGGAGUGCAGAUUUUAAGAGACAGAUUAGGGAGAUCCGUAGGAAUAUGAAAUGAUAGGGAUGCAUAAGUUUACUUCCCGUGUGUAUCAUUAUUUAAUUUUUGUCUAAAUUUUAAUCAGCAACCACUAAUAUGUAGAAUUUUUGGCAACAAAAGAAACCAAAAAUCUUGUGAUUUUUGCAUUCUUUUUUAUUUGUUUGUUUAUAAGUACUUUCUUGUAAUGGUAAUGUAUGGCGUUUG